ACUGGCCUAACAGUUUCUUGAUCAUAUUAUUUACCGACGGAAAAAAGUUAACCCCCUCCAUUUGUAAUAGUCCUCAUUAUUGGCAUACAUUCAUUAAUUCACAGUAUCCAUCCCAAUAAUUCUGGGCAUACUCUCAUACUUUGAUUGAACUAUUGUCAUAUUAGUUGACGUUCCGAACCCCUAUUAUUGUUAUCGAUUCAAGCACCUGAAACAUGUCUCCUGAAAGUGAAUUCACUUUUACCACCACAAAAACUACCACCACAAUCCAAACCACAACUUUACCUCCGACGCUCGAGAGUCUUAGCAAUACCUUGGCUGAUACCUUUGUUCACUACUUGAACUACUUGGGUAAAGUUCCAGGUGGAGAUUGGUUAUUAUGGUACAUCAAGGCUUCCUACAAAGAUGAUCCCGUCAGAUCGCUCUUUGAAUUGGCACUAUUUCUCUUUGGGGUUUACUACUUCUUUAAUUCCAGAAGAAAGGAAAACAAGAGUGACUUGGUCACCUUGUCUAAGCGUGAGAUCGAUGAAUUGAUUGAUGAAUGGAAUCCUGUUGAAAUCGUUGAUGAAGUCACUCCUAUUGAGAAGUGGCAAAUGAAAUCACUUCCUGUGGUUAAGGGCCACAAUGGUGCUCGUAUACAAUUGGAAAACUUGAACAAGGCUAAGGAUGUUGUGAACUUGGCUAGCAAUGACUUUUUGAAUUUGAAUGAGAGUGAAGAACUCAAAACUAUCGCUAAGAGUGUCAUUAACUAUAGCGGUGUCGGUGCCUGCUCUGCACCAAACUUCUACGGUACUCAAGAUUUCCAUGUCAGAUUGGAAGAAGACUUGACUGAUUACUUGCAUGGAGAGAACUCCAUUUUAUAUGGUCAAGACUUUGUGACUCCAAGUUCAGUAUUACCGGCUUUUGUUAAAAGAGGUGACGUUUGUGUGGUUGAUACAGGUGUCAAUAUUGCUAUUCAAAAGGCUUUGGUUGUUAGUCGUUGUGAAAUCGAAUGGUACCACCACAAUGAUAUGAAGCACUUGGAGAACUUAUUGAAAGAGAUCACUCCUACUUUAGACAAACAAAAACCACUUAAAAGAAGAUUCAUUGUCACUGAGGCAAUCUUCAGCAAUGGUGGCUCUUUGUUGGACUUACCUAAGGUGGUUGAAUUAAGAAAGAAGUACAAGUACAGGUUAUUUUUGGAUGAGUCUAAUUCUAUUGGGGUUUUAGGUAACACUGGAAGAGGUAUCACUGAAUAUUUUGGCAUUCCUAGGUCUGACGUCUCCAUCACUGUGGGAACCUUGGCCAACUCUUUAGCAAGUUCGGGUGGAUUUUGUGUUGGUGCAAGUCCAAUGGUCCAUCAUCAAAGAUUAUCUUCUUUAGCUUAUGUUUUCAGUGCCUCUUUACCCCCUUAUUGUGCUAAAGUUGCUUGUCAAGCAAUUAAAGAAAUCAAAAAGUUAAACUCAAAUGGAAAAUCUAUUUUAAUUUCCAAAUUACAUGAAAACACCAAAUUUCUUCACGAGGGGAUCUCUUCUGCCAUCAAAGAUUCUAAUUUUGUUGAGGUUAUUUCAAACAUCAACUCCCCGGUUAUCCAAUUGAGCUUAAAGGGACCUUUCAGAGAAGCCAUAAAUCUCCCUGAAUUUUAUGGAAACACUAGCUUUUUGACGACUGCUAGGAGAUCUAAAUAUAACAACCCUUUUGAUGAAAAAUACAAUUUAGAAAACUUUAUCUUGCAAAAGAUAGUCGAUCAAGUGUUGGCAAGUUCUAAUAUUCUCAUCUCAAGGUCCAAAAAUCUUUUGGUGCAUGAACAUCUUCCUGUUGCCAAACCAAGGUUGAUGGUUUAUGCCAAUACAGGAGUUUCCAUUGAAGACCUAAGCUUGUUGAUAAGAACUAUUAAUGGCGCCGUCAACACUGUUUGUGGUUCAAUCAAUAGAGAAUCCAGUUUGGACACCUUAACGUCCGAGAUGAAGGUUUACUGAUCUUCACUACAUACCCAUAUCACAUAUCCCAAGCUUAUACUUGAUCAGAGCUAAGAUUCUUGGGAUCAUUCUAUUUUAUCUUAUUUUAUUUAAUAAUCUCUAAUCUAAUCAACCCUAAUACUUUAAUACACUCUUGUUCUAUGGUUAUUUGAUUAUUUGUUCAUUCUGUUUCUUGCUUCUCUAGCAAUGGCUCUAGCUUCUUCAAUAUCAUGGGCAUUAUUAUGAUUCAAAUCCUUGGUUAAUUCAUAUGCUUCCUCGUAUUUCUUCAACUCUAGCGCAUAGCGAGCUAACCACAAUCUCGCUUUGGAUGUUUCAUCGGUGAUUCCCCAGUCAAGCUCUUGGUCAAAACAUAGCUUCAUGUACUUAUAACACUCUUUUACAGAAGCAAUCUUCUCGUAAAUGCUGG